AUGAGCAUCUUCUUAUGUUUUACUGUGAGCUUGGGGGGGUUUUUUGGUUCCAUCGUUUAUUUGAUGUCAUUGACUCUCUUGCCGGCGGCGGGGGGAAAUUGCAACGCCGGAGUAAAGCACAACUGCGCUUGGCUUUCGACACAUGUUUUGAUUCUUUCUCUUCUCUAUUUUUUAAACAUUCUCGCAAAGACAUUCACUUCCAAUUGCUCCCAGUUUGCCCCUGUUACAAUGGCCCUCAUCGAAGGAUGGCUCCCGCCUACGCGGCAGAAUUGGCAGCUCCUCUCGACCAUCUGGCAGAUUUCAUAUCCCAUUAUCGGGUCGGCUCAGUACUUCAUUUCAUGGUACGGCAUGGGGAAGACCUCCGUCACGAGCCGCUUCAACAUGCCGGGUCGCGUCGCGUGGUUCCUGAUGGAGGUCCCCGGGUUCACGACCCUGUUGUACAUCAUGAAGACGUUACCCGCCCAGGUCGGGGUUCAUGAUCUGCCGUGGCAGAACCAGGUUCUCGCGGGGCUAUUUCAGGUAAUUCACUACUGCUACCGCGCCGUGUUAUACCCCUUCAUACAACCAUCCAUGUCGCCAAUCCACCCGCUCGUCGCCCUCAGCGCCAUCGGCUUCCAGCUUUGCAACGCGAUAUGCCUAGGCGGCUGGCUCGCCGCGUACGGGCCGACCACGGCGUCGGCGUGGGAAAAGCAGCUGGGGUACGGCGGCCUAGCGCAGUUCGUCGCGGGGAUAGCGCUGUUCUACGUCGGCCUGACGGGUAACUACUUCCACGACGAGGAGCUCCGGGAGAUCCGGCGCGCGGAGCAGCGGCGGCAGGAGAAGGUCGCGAGGGAGCAGCGGGCCAAGGUUGGCGCGCAGGGCGAGGUGCGCGUCGACAAGCACUACCGCCUGCCCGACACCAUGCUCUUCCGGUACAUGCUUUUCCCGCAUUACUUUCUCGAGUGGGUGGAGUGGUUUGGGUGGUGGAUGGCGAGCGGCUGGAGCAUGCCUGGGCGCGCCUUUUUCGUCAACGAGGUGACGACCAUGUUCCCCAGGGCCAAGAGCGGCAGGGCGUGGUACGCGGAGAGGUUUGGGGAGGAGAAGAUUCGGAGGAAGUGGACUAUUAUCCCUGGCGUUUAUUAG